UAGCUCGUGAAAAAGAUAUUGGAUAUUUGAUAUUGGACAUUGGGUGCAAAAGUUUUUGGAUUCUGAAGGUUCUUAGCAAUUCUGACUCUCAAGGACAAACCUUAUGACCAUUUGGGCGUACAAUUUGCGCAAGCUGAUCUUGGUUGGGAGAAACAUUGCGCUUUAUUCCGUUGUUUCCAGAUAUAAACGAUUUAGUUCGACUUUUUCCUACUCUUUGACAUGGAAACGCACUCAACUACCAUUGUUUGUUCUGAUAUUCCCUACAACAGUUGGUUUUGACUUCAGUGAUCAUAAAAACACUGAUAUAUUCGAAUGCAUUCUGUCUAUGAAUAACAAUUCUCUUUCCAGCAUUUUGAAAGGUCGCAAGGACGCCUGCAACGAUAGACAUCCUUUAGGUUGGACACCACUAAUGCUUGCAGUAGUAACAAGAAAUUACCAGGCAGUGAGGGAAUUAUUGAAGUCAGGUGCAAAUCCGAACGAUGUUGACUAUUACGCGGGUCUCGUUAAAAGUGCAAGUGAUUUGAGAAUGUUGUCUUCUGAAGUUAAGUGGAUACGGCUCACACAGUUCAGUGAUUUCCUGAAUCCGUCGUCUGAUUUUCGUGGUUGUUCUGCACUUCACUACGCUGUGUUAAUAGAUGACGCCAAAUUGGUUCGUCUAUUGCUAGAAAACGGGGCUGAUCCAACCAUAGUGAAUGAACGUGGCCACCGUCCAGCUAUGUACGCUAAAGAUCCCUCUAUUAAGCGGUUAAUGACUGAGGCUGAGUCGAAGAAGGCAGAAGAAACAGCCGCCAAAGAGCGAGAAGAAAGACGCCUUCAACCACUAGAAAGUCGUCUAAGUAAAGUCAUUGUUGGUCAAGAAACUGCCAUUCGUACUGUUAGUGCAGCUAUUAGACGUAAAGAAAAUGGUUGGUAUGAUGAAGAUCAUCCACUUGUAUUUUUAUUUCUUGGUUCAUCUGGUAUAGGCAAAACAGAGUUAGCAAAACAAGUUGCAGCAUACUUACAUAAAGACAUUAAAAAAGGCUUUAUACGUAUUGAUAUGUCAGAAUAUCAAGAGAAACAUGAAGUUUCUAAAUUCAUCGGAUCACCACCAGGUUAUGUUGGUCAUGAGGAAGGUGGUCAGCUUACACGAGCUUUAGCUGCUUGUCCAAAUGCAGUUGUUUUGUUUGAUGAAACAGAAAAAGCUCAUCCAGAUGUUUUGACAGCUUUGUUACAAUUAUUCGAUGAAGGACGCUUAACUGAUGGACGUGGUACGACAAUUAAUUGUAAAGAUGCUAUAUUCAUUAUGACAUCCAAUGUUGGAAGUCAAGUAAUAGCUGAACAUGCUCAAGAACUCAGACAGAUUUCUGGAAAUGAUGAAGCUGAUAUUGAAAUAUCUCGAGAUUUUAAAGAAAACGUUAUGCGUCCAAUUUUGAGGAGAUAUUUUCUUCGUGAUGAAUUUCUUGGUCGUAUUAAUGAAAUGGUUUAUUUUCUACCAUUUUCAACAUCUGAACUUACCGAAUUAGUGAAUCGUAGUUUAAAAGCUUGGAGUGAAAAAGCACUGAAAAGACAUUCUCUCACGAUAACAUGGAAUCGCGAAGUAGUAGAUCUAAUCGUUGAUGGAUACGAUGUGUAUUAUGGGGCAAGAUCCAUCAAUUAUGAGAUUGAACGCAGAAUAAUUAGUCUUCUUGCUUUAGCUGAUGAACAAGGAUAUCUACAUCCUGGCUGUCAUGUUAACAUUACUGUUAGUCAUAAAAGUGUUAAAGAUGAAACUUGGUCAUCGAAAAAAUCAAAUGAAAACGUGGAACUAACAACAUCCUCACCACCGCGUAUAGUACUCGAUGUAACAGAUUCGAAGGGCAAAAUAAAUAAAGUUCUUGAUUUAACACAGACCGCUAAUUCGUGGGCAUGAGUUUUGUAAUAAUUAUAUUGUACAGUUUAAUUUCACUUUAAAAAGUUUAAAUUCAAUUUUCGUUUUUUUGGCG